AUGACUCUGGACGACAAUCCUGUCCCACCGACGUUGCCCUACACCCUUCACGGCGUCUUCCAGCAGAAUGUCCUGGACCGACCCGAUGCCUCAGCUGUCUGCGCCUGGGAUGGCGACCUGACUUAUCGGGAACUGGACGAGAAGUCCUCGACCCUAGCCCACAUCCUCCGUCACCGGGGAGUUCAAGAUGGGGCGCUCGUGGCGCUAUGUUUUGAUCAUUCGCUCUGGACGGCGGUGGCCAUGAUGGCCGUCUCCAAGGCCGGGGGGGUAUGGUUCUUUCUCGAGCCCAAGCAUCCCGUCAAUCGACUGCGCCAGAUGUGCCGCAGCGUGCAGGCGCGCAUGGUCCUAUGCAGCAGAUCGCAGGCGAGUGUGGCGGCUGAAUUGAGCGACGACCAAAUGGAGGCACCGCUCAGCAUCGAGGAGGCGGUCCUGCGUGAGGAGGAUCCUGGUCCGAUGGACCUCGAGGUCGUCAGCCCGGAGCGCCCCGCGUAUGUGGCCUUCACCUCAGGCUCGACCGGCAGCCCCAAGGGCGCUGUCAUGACGCACCAGGCGGCGGUGACCGGCGUGUUGCACAAUGCGAAGCCCAUGCAGCUCGACCGGACCGCUCGGAUUCUGCAAUUCGCCUCGUUCGCCUUUGAUAUCAGUUUCCUCGAACACUUUUGGGCGCUGCUCUUGGGAGGAUGUCUCUGUAUCCCUGCCCCGCUGGACCGCCAGAACAACACCAUCCACGCGGUCCAGAGCCUGCAGGUCAAUUGGAUGUUCCUCACGCCCACCGUGGCGCGGCUCCUGGAGCCGCCGCAGCUGCCAUCUCUGCGGACGCUCGUGCUGGGCGGAGAGCCGGUCACCCAGGCAGACCUGGAUAUGUGGCUGCCCUACGUGCACCUGGCGGGACUGUACGGGCCAGCGGAGUGCGCCGUCGGGAUCGCCGUCCAGCCGGACUAUAGCCGGGUGGAGUCGGCCAACAAUGUCGGGCCGCCCUUCUCGGUCGCUUGCUGGAUCGUCAGCGAGCAAGACCCGACGCAAUUGGCUCCGCGCGGCGCGGUAGGUGAGUUGGUGGUGGAAGGCCCCUCCAUCAGUGAGGGCUACAUCAACGCCCCGGAGCAGACGACGAGGGCCUAUCUGACCAACCCCACGUGGCUGCCCGCCGCUCGCCACUCCACCAAAAAGCUCUACCGGACGGGGGACUUGGCGCGUGUCCUGGACGAUGGCUCCUUGCUCUUUCACGGCCGGAAGGAUACCCAGGUCAAGAUCAACGGGCAGCGCAUCGAGCUGGGGGAAAUCGAGUAUCACACCCGAGCCGUUCUCGGCAAGGAACACUUGCGGUCCCCCCCGGUGGUGGCCGAAGCCAUGGAGGUGAGAGGGCGCGCCCUCACGGUGAUUGCCUUCUACCAGGUGGAAGGGGUGUGCCAGGACCUCGACCACGACGGCCAGGACCUCUUCCUGCCACCCGACGAUGGGUUCGUCGGCCGGAAGCAGAGCUAUCAGUCGCAGCUCCGGGAUCAUCUGCCCGAAUACAUGAUCCCCACCAGUUUCAUCCCCGUGCGGGGGUUGCCCCUCACCAUGUCGGGGAAGACGGACCGCAAAACGCUGCGGGAGAAGUUUGCCCAGCUGCCCUCGGACCGGAUCAAGGCAUACUUUGUCGACGGAGACGGGGGUAGCAGGAGCACGGAGGGGAUGCCGACCACGCCUCUCGAGCGGCAGAUGCAGGAGCUGUGGGCGGCCACGCUGAAGCUCGAGCUGGAGGAGGUCGGACGGAAUGAUCCCUGGAUGUCGCUCGGGGGCGAGUCCCUCGCAGCGAUGCGGUUGGUCGCGCGCGCGCGCAAGGAGGGUAUUGCCGUCACGGUGCCCGACAUCUUCCGCCACAAGACCAUCGCGACUUUGUGUCAACAUGUGUCGGUCCGCCCGGGCCCGGAGACCAUCGAGAGCUUUCCGCCAUUCUCGUUGGUGCAGUGCCAGCAGGGCUCGACGGGGAUCGAGGAGCUUCGGCAUGCUGCCGCCCAACAAUGCGGGCUCACCCCCGAGGCGAUCGAGGACCUCUACCCAUUCACCGCGAUGCAAGAGGCAGUGGUCAUCCCCCCCGCAACCAUUGGCGUCAACUACACCCUCCGCCUCGACGUCAAGCUGCCCGCCGAGCUGGACCUGGAGCAGCUGAUGCGGGCCUGGGACAUGGUCGUGGCCGCCAACUCAGUCCUCCGCAUGCGCGUCGUGCGACUACCCGCCGAUGAGAGUGAGACAAUGGUCCUGGCUGUGACCCGCCCAGAGAUCCCCAUGGAGCCGCUCUUCGCCGAGCGAUUUGCCCCCGGGGUCGAUUUAUGGGGACUGGGGAAGCCGCUGGUCCGCGUGGGGGUGGCGCCAGGGCGGCUGGUGAUGUUGAUCCAGCAUGCGCUCUACGAUGGUCACUCGCUCGGGCUCAUCUUCCGCGACCUCGAACAGGCAUACCGGGGCCAGCCGGUGGCGGCUGUCUCAUAUAGUCCGUUUGUGCACUGGUCGACCGAAUGGCAAGACGGCUCCAACAAGCAACAAUACUGGCGAGAGAAAUUCGCCGGGUUCGACGGCCGCGUGUGUCCGCCGCGCGUCGCCGACGCCGGCAUCGGCUGCAUGGAGAGCCAGCAUUUCUGGGGCUCGCUGAAUUUCCGGCCGGAUGGUUUCACGGUAACCAGCAAGAUUCGGGUGGCACUGGCUGUGGUCCUCUCCUGGCAUUUCGACACCUGUGACAUCGUGCUCGGGGGGAUCUACGCCCGUCGUGGGGCCCCCAUCCCGGGCAUCAUGGAGUCCCCCGUGCCAGCCUCCGCCAUCCUGCCCGAUCGAAUCCGCCUGGAUCCCACGCAGUCGCUGCGGGCCAACGUCGACCAGGAUCAAGAGAACAUUCUGACCAUGAUGCCAUACGAGGGGAUCCGGCCGAGUCAGGUCCUGGACCUGAGCGAGGCGGCUCGCGCGGCAAGUCAGUUCCAAACCAUCCUGGCGGUGCAGCAGGACAACUCCUCGGUCUAUCCGGAGAUGUUUCGUGACCACGAAAUGGGCUACUACGGCCCCGUCACCGCGCACAACCUCAUGAUGCAGUGCUUUCUGAGCCCGGACCGCGCAUCGGCCCGGGUCUCUCUCCGGCUAAGUGAGCGAACGAUGCAGGAGACCACGGCCUGGGACCGCUUCUUGGCCCACUUCGAAGCUGUCGUGGAUGCUAUCCAGGAGAAACCUGAGAUACCAGUAGACAGGCUGCGCCAGCACCUGGGGGCGUAG